AUGGCUGGAGAGGCGGGUAAAGCUAGGACAGUCCUGCUGGCCACGGAGAAGGCAUUCGCGGCAGCGGCAGUGACCAAGAUCGAAGAUGUCCUGAAGGCUGCCAACUACACAUUGAAGAAGCUGGAGAACUACAAGAGCAAGGAUGACCUUCUCGCGGCCGUUGCCGACGCAGAUGCGAUGAUCAUCCGCAGCGACAUCGUGGAUCAGGCCGUGCUGGACAAGGCCAGCAAGAUGAAGAUCGUGGUCCGAGCAGGCGCUGGCUAUGACAACAUUGAUCUCAAGGCUUGCGAGGGCAAGGGCAUCACAGCAAUGAACACCCCUGGCCAGAACGCCAACGCAGUGGCUGAGCUUGUCUUUGGCAUGAUGAUUGUCAGCGCCCGCAACAACUUUGACGGCACCAGCGGUUUCGAGCUGGUUAAUCGCGAGAUCGCCUUUUACGGCUUCGGAGCCGUGGCCCGUGCCGUACACAAGCUUGCGCAAGGCUUUGGCAUGAAGAGCUUCGCAUACGACCCGUACAUCCCGGCCGACAAGAUCAAGGAGAUGGGGGCGGAGCCUGUGGCGACAGUUGCUGGCCUCUUCGAGCACCAGUAUGUGUCCCUCCACGUGCCCCUGACGGAUGAGACCAAAGCCUCCAUCAACAAGGAUCUUUUGGGAAAGAUGCCCAAGGGCGGCACCUUGAUUAACACCGCGCGCCUGGAGGUGGUUCACGAAGCAGACAUGCUGGAGGCGUUCUCUUAG